AAUUUUUUGUUGAUUUUGCUUACGUGUUUAUAAAAGUUGCUCAAAUGUACUAAAUACAAUUCAUUUAUAUUAUAUUAUAGGUCAAAAUAUGGUACAUUUAAACCAACUUGGCUAAAAGUUAGUUCUGAUUAUAACUUUGAGUUUUAAGAAUGUCCCUUCCGACUUGUAGUAGUUUAUCAUCGGGUCAGCGGUGUCGGUCAAAGUUUAGUUUAUCUAGAACAGACUGACUUAGACAGUACACACAGUACAAACGCAAACACAGCCUUUCCCAGAAUGACAACGCGGAACAUAUCUCGGUUCUGGGAGUGGGGAAGAAAGAUCAUCUGCGUUGGGAGAAACUAUGCGGACCAUGCGAAAGAGCUCAAAAACGCAAUUCCGUCGGAGCCCGUGUUGUUCCUGAAGCCUCCUUCUGCAUAUGUGACUGAGGGCUUCCCCAUCCUAGUGCCUCUGUACACCAGCAACCUGCACCACGAGGUGGAGUUGGGGGUGGUGAUCGGGAAAGCGGGGACCUCGAUCCCACAGUCCGAUGCAAUGGAUCAUGUUGCGGGUUACGCUCUGUGCCUGGACAUGACCGCCCGGGACAUCCAGGAUGACUGCAAGUCCAAAGGUUUGCCCUGGACUCUGGCGAAAGCGUUCAACACCUCCUGCCCCGUCAGCGAGUUCAUCCCCAAAGAGCGCAUCCUUGACCCGGGGAACGUCAGGCUGUGGCUGAAGGUGAACGACCAGCUGCGGCAGAGCGGCUGCACCUCGCAAAUGAUCUUCUCCAUCCCCUAUCUGAUCAGCUACAUCAGCGAGAUCAUCAGCCUGGAGGAGGGGGACCUCAUCCUCACCGGGACCCCGAAAGGAGUGUCGGCCGUUCAGGAGCACGACGAGCUGCAGGCCGGCAUCGAAAACAUUGUUCGAAUGAGCUUUAAAGUUGCCAGAAAAGAUCACUAAAGUUGGCAAAUCCGUCCUCCAUGGAGAAAAGUCAGCAGAUGGCAGUAAGGUGCUAAUAAAAAGGCUUCCAUCUGCUGUCUUUUUUUUGUGUGUGCAAAAUGUGAAAAAUUUCAAACUAAUUUCAACAUCUUUUUAACUUAUAUUUUAAACAUAUCUGUUUAGAAGUUAAUUCUAAGAUGCAAUAUGUCUGUAAUAAAGGGUCAAAUUUUUAAAAUUCAACGAAAAGCUGGUGCUGAGAUACAUUUAAUAAUGCAAUAUAUAAGUUUAGAUAAAAAAAAGCUUUAUUUCACUUUUAAAUUACCAUUUGUUUCUUAAAUGUUUUAAAACAUGAUGAUUUAGAUAAAUACAGUCACAUACAAUGAAAAUAGAACAGUAAUUAUAACAGUUGCAUAAGGAAUAACUUUGCUUUCAAUUUGAUCUCAGCAAAAAAUGACAGAAUACAAUAUGUUUACACUGCUUAAAAAUGAGAAAAACAUCUUUCAUUUAGCAAAUUAAUACAUCUGCAUAUGGGAUUAGAACAAUGGACUUACCAAUAAUUUUUAUUUUAAGAAAAACAUUCUAGUCAGACAUGUUUUCUUAAAUACAAAUAUUUUGCUAUUGAAAAUUUUUCUUAAUGUGAUUAUUCUGCUUGCAAGCCAGAAAAUAAGACAUUUUUUCUUGAAAGAAGGGUCUUUUUAAUUUCUCAAGAUUCAGUUUUUGCAGUGUAGAGCAGUACUUCCUCGUUUCUUCUUCUACUCCUGUUUAAAAAUCGAGAGAAAAGAAAAUCCUUGUUGUAAUUUUUGAUUAUGAAAUAUUUUGCACUUCCCUUUUUUUAUAAUAAAGCACGCAUUCUGUUUUAUAGCAGUUCAUUCUUUCUUUUUUAUGCUGUUACACUCCAAAAAUAAAGUUGCCCUGCAGGGAGAACAUU